AUGCAUACCGGCGAAGCACUAUUCGCUGGUACUUGUGAGCAUGAUCAAAUGAUGCGCAUAAUUGAGGUGUUAGGUAUGCCACCAAAUCAUAUGAUUGAAGCUGCACCGGCAGAAAAACGAAACAAGUUUUUCGAGAAAGAUGAUGGUAACUACCAUGUAGGUUUCGGUUCUCGUUGUGAUAUUCUUGAUGUUUUCAAGUUCUGUACGUCGAAUAUGGUUGUUCUAUGCAACCUUGUCUUGUUCGAGAUUCCCUAG